UACUAUCUAUGGUCUAAGAGAAAAGUCAGAGCAUCUGUAUAAUUUCCUUAAUUUUUCCGAUUUAUUGACUGUUCUAAAGAACUAUUUGGCUAAUAAUCUGUUAAUUAUUUUAUUCGGCGCAGUAAAUUAUUCAGAAAUGUAGGUUUUAAGUAUUUUUACACCAUAGAAUUUGCUGGAAGAAAAAAUUCUAACUGUCAAGAGGUCUGGGUUUAUUUGGAUAGGUGCCCAGUGCCUACUGACUGUCAAUAACAUCUUACUAUACACAAGCUGGGUCAUUUUUUUAAUGGAAAAUAAUGCCAGUUAAGGUUGAUAUUACUCCUCCGCCGCCAGCAAAUUCAAAACAACCUGGCGUAACAAAAUCUCUUCUUUACAACGGCUCCAAAUUUCAAGGGCAUCAGAAAUCUAAAGGAAAUUCGUAUGAAGUCGAAGUUGUGUUGCAGCAUGUCGACGAAGAAAAUUCAUACCUUUGUGGUUAUUUAAAAAUUAAAGGUUUAACAGAAGAAUUCCCGACAUUAACAACGUUUUUCGAUGGAGAAAUUAUAUCAGCCAAAUACCCGUUUUUAACGAGAAAAUGGGACGCAGACGAAGAUGUAGAUAGGAAACAUUGGAGCAAGUUUGACUUGUUUGUACCAUAUUUGAAGACAUUCAACUCGGACUCAUUUGAUUAUGAUUCUCUUGCAAAGGCUGAUUAUGUAUUUAUGAGGUGGAAAGAACAUUUCUUAGUGCCGGAUCAUACUAUAAAAGACAUUAAUGGUGCUUCGUUUGCUGGGUUCUACUAUAUAUGUUUCCACAAAUCUGCAGCUACUAUAGAAGGCUUUUAUUACCACAGAAGUUCUGAGUGGUUUCAAUCACUGACCUUAAGUCACGUCCCAGAAAACAGCAUUCAAAUUUAUGAAUUUAGAUGAAGUGGCAGUGGCAACAUUGAUUAUUGGUUUGUUUCUGAUAGUACUUACAUGUUCUUUAAGUCAUAAUUUCAUUUGAUAAUCUCCAAACUUGACUUUAUUUGUGAGUUUCUUUGAAAGAACUCAAAGAUAUGAACUCCCUACUAUGAUAAAUAAAAGAUAAAAAA